AUGAAGCUGUUGACCGGAGACGUGGUGUGCUCCAUGAUCAAAACAUCUCGGACAAAACUGAUCACAACAUUUGGUGUCAUAGCUGCCGAUGGUGUUGUGGUUAAUGGGCUGACGAUGCUUGCUGAUGGUCAAGAUAUUUUCACAGUCCUCAACGCUUCCAAAUGUGAAACCAUCUUAACAUCUUGGAAAAGACCAGAGUUUAUUUUUCUACAAAAGUUUUUAAAAAUGGGGAAAAGUUUCCCAUCAUCCGAUUUAGAGACAGUCGUACCAGUAGAGUGUGAACAAGCCCCGUGCCUGAAGCAACUGAUUGUGUACGAGCUCAGCUCUCACGAGGACCAUACAGCUCUCCUGUCUAGCCUUGAAGGUGAGGACUUCUAUCAAGCUCACGGCUCAGCUGAUGACGAGGCUCACAUUUUCCUCACUUCCGGUAGUACCAGCUACUCCAAGAUGGUGCUAAGAACUCACAGAGAAUGUUUGAAGUUCGCUGACACCCUUGACUUCAACAGUGACGUAUUUCUCAACAAUAGGGAGAUGGAAUGGAUGGCAGCAUUUCCGUGCGCUUACCUGGGCAGCGGAGCCACUACCAUAGUGCAAGAAUACACGGACAGUUCCGUCAAAAUUAGUUUACCGGAUAUUUGGAAUAUUGCCUGCGAUAUGGGGGCUACCGGUGCUAUGCUGAUACCCGAGGAAAUGAUGGUCGUUAAACAGGGAUUUAACAGGGUGACGGUGUGGUUUAAUGGUAGAGCUUACGAAGGUCUCAAGUUUGAAUCCUGGGUUCGAGUCUGCAGAACUUCCCUCAGCCUACAAAUCCCCGAUGGGUACCUGCCUUACAUUCCUGCUGACCACACAAUUCCCUUUGAUAUGUUGAAAGAUUGUUAUGUUGGAGACCGGCUUUUGGGCAGUGUCCAGAUGAAAAUUGUGGACGAGCAAACAAACAGGGAGGUCACUGGCCCAAAUCAAGUUGGAAAGUUGUUUCUUAAAGGAGGCAUGGUGCUGCGUCACUACAUGAAUGCUGACUCAACUGCAAGUGGAGUCAUCACCGAUGAUGGGUGGUUUGACUCUAGUGAUGUGGGAUACAUUGAUGAUGUAGGAGGUAUCCACGUCAUUGGGCGGACAUCAGACACCAUCAUUAGUGGACCUGGGGUCGUGUACCCCCAGUGGCUGGAGGAGAGGAUACAGAAAUAUCCAGGUGUCGCUUCAGUCGCCGUCGUGGGUACGGGAUUUAAACUGUUUUUGCAAAUGUAG